UUUGUCGCUUCUGAGUCUUCACCUAGCUUGUCUUCAGCGGACGUCUUGCCUGGUCGCUAUGUCCACCUCGCACCGGCUGGUUUUGGUUCUGGGUGGAGCCGGUACUGUUGGAUCAGGGAUUGUGAAGUGUCUCCUGGAAAAAGGGUUCCAGGUAGCUGUGAUUUCCAGGGACGAUUCCCGUCUGGAGAAGCUGAGGAAUUUCCUACCAGCACAGUACAGAGAUAACCUGCACACCAUGGUCGGGGAUGUGGGAUCUGAGGAGGGGGCGCAGGAGGCGGCAGACGCUCUCGCCAGUCGCGUGGGGAAGGUGACCGAUGUGGUUUCAUCGCUGGGGUUCAGCUGGUGGCAAGGCGGUCCACCCCAUACACAGGCACUUCAGGAGCUGCAGAGGGUGCUGAACACUCUCCUCCUCAGCACAUUCACCUCCUGGAAGGCCUUCUUUCCUUUGGUGAAGGACAAUCCCAACGGAACAUACACAUUCAUCACAGGUGGUGCUGGCGAGCGCCUGUUGAUGCCCGGUACGGGGUUCCUUACUUUAGGAGCAGCAGGAGCUUUGGCCUUUUCCCAGGUUGUGCGGGAGGAGUAUCCUGAUAUUCCAUGCAAACUUAAUGAGGUCAAGAUCAACAUGGGAGUGGCCCUUCCGGAACGCCUCGGACCCGGCUACGUGAGCCACCUGGAGGUGGGAGAGGCAGUUGCCUCACUGGUGGAGAAGAGACGAGUGUCACAUACUGUGUUGUGUGCCAACUCCACCACUGACCUCAAGACUCUUAUCUUAGAAGGUAAGCUGUGAGCUCUGGGACACCUUUCCACCAACUGCCUGAUUCUAAUUCCCGCUGUACUGCAACAACCCGUCCACUGUUACCUCAUCUACAACUUCAUUACUCACCAUACUACCCAAAUCACAACCAGAAGGUCAAACCAAAGUCCCAGCCAAGCCUGCACCUUCCAUCUGCUUGAGACAGACAAGUAACAGCAUCACUGAACACUGUACAGAAACAUCCAUUGAAAAUUAAGUAUUAUAUUGCAAGAUACCAGGAGCUGCACGUUGUCCAUCACAACCUUGGAUGGAGAAAACCCCCACAAGUGGAUUUUGAAGAUGUCAUUUGGAACAUACCAUUCUGUUGAGAGUUACGGGGGGACUGACCACUCUUUAUAACGUGUUAGUGAACAGAGGGGGAU